AUGCGCCUCUCUCUCUCUCUCUCGGAGCAGNNCUGCUCGAUCGCAUGCUUCAAAAAACACAAAGAGACUCACGCCAACGACCCGCUUAAAGAGCAACCCACCCAGACCACUCAAUCUGUCCAUCCCGCUCAUUCUGCUUCGACUCUGUUGCCUGCCACGAGGAACGCGCUACCCGGAAGUAGCAANAAAAUCGACUUUGCUGGUUUCGAGUCCGACCCAGAGCUUCUGCGACUGCUCUCGAGAUAUCCCAACCUACGCAUCCAACUCCAAAGUGUCUAUGGCCUGACACUGGAACCUCCACCGCAAGAACAGCGCUCAUUCUCCUUCAGGGGCAGAGGCAGGGGCAGAGGAAGAGGUGGCUUUCAACACCAGUCUCACUGGUCACAAGCAAAAGGCGACAAGGAAGCUACAGAGUCUUUCAGAAACAUGAGGACUGCCGAAGGCGACGAUAAAGCUCUGGCUGAGUUUGUCCAGUUGCUCAAGAUGAGAUUUGCUCCCGACACUGACCAUGCUGCCAAUUGA